AUGGAUAUUUCAAAAGCCUUUGACAGGCUAGAAUGGGUGUUUCUUAUUGAAGUUCUCAAGAAAUUUGGGUUUUGUGAAAAGUUCUGCCAACUGAUAUCUGAAUGUAUCUCUACAACUCAAAUAGAGAUAGUGAUAAAUGGUUCUCCAUCAACUUCUUUCAAACCAACAAGCGGCAUUAGACAAGGAGAUCCUCUCUCCCCCGAUCUUUUCUUCUUAGCAGUGAAAGCUUUUUCAAGAAAUCUCUAUUACUGUGAAGUCACUAAGAAAUUAACUGGAAUGAAAAUCUCAAGGUCUGCACCUAAAAUUAGUCACCAUUUAUUUGUAGAUGACUGCUUAUUAUUCUGCAAGGCCAAUCUAGAUCAAACAAGGAAAUUGCUUCAACUGAUUGAGGAAUUCAGUUUAUGUUCAGGACGACUGAUCAACUUCAGCAAAUCUGCUGUAUAUUUAAGCAAAAACAUGAUCCCUUCUUAUUGUCAAAUAAUUAGUGGUACUCUUCAGGUCAGGCAACUAAAUCUCAAUGAUGAAAAGUACUUGGGUCUGCCUUUCUUCAUUGGAAGGAACAAGAAAAUCCCCUUUUCAAUUCUUGUUGACAAGAUGGAUAACAGGUUAUCAAAAUGGAGAUGUAUAAACAUGUCAGAAGCUUCCAGAUCAGUUACGGUGAGAAAUGUUACUAAUGUCAUUCAUGCGCAUCACAUGACAAGCUUCAAGCUUCUAGAAACAACAAUAAAUAAGAAGAACUCUACACAACAAAAAUUCUGGAGGAAAAAGAAAACCAACAAAGUCAGAAAACUUGUUACAUGGAAAAGUGUGAAUGCUCCUAAGGAAGAUGGUGGAUUAGGAUUCAGGGAUCUUCAGAUUUUUAAUAGGGCACUGCUAGCUAAGUCUGCAUGGAGGAUAUGCACUGAUCAAACCUCUAUCUGUUCUAAGUAUCCACAGGCAAAGUACUUCCCUAAUGGUGAUAUGUUUAAUCUCAAGAAAUGUUCUUCUACUACUUGGUCCUGGACUAGCAUUAGUUCUGAGCUAAAUUUUAUCCAAAAAUAUAGCAUUUGGAGUAUUAGUAAUGGUCAUUCUAUUCUCAUCUGGAAGCAUAAUUGGGUUCAAGGUCUUGAUGUUCCUCCAACUCCAAGAAUUGGUGCCAUAGAUGCUGAACAAUACAAGUAUGUUUUUCAUCUCUUCACUCCUGAUAAUAAGAGGUGGAAUUCUGCUUUAAUCCUAUCCCUCUUUGAAGACUCUACAAUGAGACUUAUUCUCUCCAUGAGUGUUUACCCUCAACAUGAAGAUAAAAUGGACAUCCUCCCAACUAGAGACAAGAUCACUUAUGCAAUACUGAACGGAGACUUUAGUUGCUCUUUCUGCUCUCAAAUGAAUGAAACAGCUACUCAUUAUAUUCUUGAGUGUUCAAUGGUGAAACCUGUUUGGUUUGGUACUCUGGGUAUUCAUGCUCCUACUAAUAUUAAUCUGAGAUGUGAUAAAAUAUUCAAAGACUCGAUAACAACUACAGAGAUCAGUAUUCAAAAAUACAGGAAGUAUAUCUCAUAUUAUGUUGAAAUAUCUCGUAAGAAACCUGUCAACAUACACAAGCAAACCAGAGUUAAUCUGCACUGGUCUCCUCCACCUCCAUAUGGAGAUUUUACCUUGAAUAUUGAUUGUUCUUAUUACAAUAAAUCUGGUGGCAUUGGUCUCAUUAUUCGUAAUUUUGCAGGUCAUCACGGAUCCAAGUGUAUCUACCUAGCUGACUCAUCUAGUCUGGAGCAUGCAGAGUGCAGUGGUCUUUGGGAGGAUGUUAAGUGGGUAAAAGAACUAGAACUGCAGGAGGUAUAUUUCGAACUGGACUCAAAGCUCGUGGUGGAUGCUGUCAACAAAGAAGAUUACAAUAUAAACUGGAGAUUUCAUAAUCUUAUUAAAGAUAUCAAGAACUUAUUUCAAUUUUUUUAA